AUGAUUCGUGUGCCGAGUAUUAAGCGUAUAUUUCUACCUGUUAAAAAUGUUACUCCAUUUACUAAAAGUGGUACUCUUACAAGGCAGAAUGCUGUUAUUGCGGAGGCUGGGACAAAUUUUUUUGAAAACGAGGAUGUAAAAAUUGAUGCUGAAAAUGUUGGUGUGAUCAGUAAUGUUCAUGGAGAUGUUCAGAAAGCUAUUAAUAUUUUCCAGGAAUUAUCUAAUAAUAUUUCUGGUGUUACUACUUCAAAAUCUGGUGGGAUUUCUGAAAUUCUGGCAAAGUAUAAUGAGCCCAGAUUUCAAUACGAUAAAAGAGGAGUCGUUAAAAGCAGUUUAUUGAGAAAUAAGACGGUAUCAAUCUUCAAAAAUUUCUCUGAUUCGAAGAUUGAUAGAUGUUCAUUUACCGAGAAAGUUAUCACUGUACCAGCUGGAGAUUCAACUUCACCCGUCUGCAAACAGGAGGUUGCUGAAAUCAUUACAAGUGACUCAAGUUGUAGUGAUUUAAAAAUAAAAGAGGUGCACGAGGCGGAACAAAAUAAAAAAGAAAAGUCUAAAUCUUCCCAGGUCAAGAAGACCAAAAGAGUUCGUUUUGCUGUCGAUGAUAACUCUGCUGAAAAUGAAAGUAACAGAAAAAAAAGAAAAAGAAUGAUUAAGUCCGAAUAUGUUUUAUCGGAUAAAGAAAAGGAGACAGAAAAAGGGAAGGAGAACCAAUCGCACGAGGUUAGCGUUGAUAAUCGUUACCAGGAUUCAGAGAACUCGAUUAUUGACAAACCUGCUGUUAAACGAAAAAAGACGAGUUUUAUUACAAUUAAUUUUUUUUAUUUACAAUUAAAAAAAAUGGCAAGCAUGGUUGGUGAAGAAAAUGAAAAAAUGUAUGGAGUAGAAUACUAUAAUGGUGGUCCAAUAAGUCAAUCUAUUUCUCCUUCAUAUGAUUUACCAAUUACAAAUAUAUCAAUUACACAACAACAACAAUACACUUCUUUUUAUUCAUACUCAUUUGGAGAGACAAAUGAGGGAAACUCUUCAUUACAAAUUCAAAAUAACAACGGAUAUACAGAUUUUUCAAUUUCUAAAAAUUCAACACAAAAUGAUAUAACUAGUUAUACUUACCAAAACUAUAAUCAAGAAAUUGAUGGUAACCAACAUAACUAUUAUCCUACAUAUUAUAAUCAAGAAUACAACAUCAAUAAUUCUCUUGAUCAUAAAGAUUUACUUCCAUCUUACUACAGUAAUAAUACAUUUAAUUGUAAAAUAGAAAAUGAAUCUUUUAUGGUAUCAGAGGUACCCUCACCACAGUUGAUUGAGAAUAAUAUUCAUCAUAACUUUGAUUAUAAUUACCAGUAUUCAGAAAUGGAAGAUACUUCAAACUACAUUUCUUCAGACAAUAACAGCCAUCAAAAUCAAGUUAUAAAUAAGGAAUGUUAUUUUAAUAAAAACUACGAGACUAAAGAAACAUUUUAUGAUUGCAUUUAUACACCAGAGUUAUUUGAAAUUAUAAAUUUUUUUCGUUCCAAGAAAGAAUCUCUUUUUGGAAAUAAUGCACCAUUAAGUGAAACUGUUAAUAAUGAAAUUUACACCACUCCAACAAUUGAUCCAUCUGUUGAAUCUAUUAAAGUUGAAAAUACUCCAAAACAACAACCAGAAAAAGUAAAGGAAGAAGUUAUUGCACCAAAUACAAACUCAUCCAGAGAUCCACAUCCUCCAAGUGAAAUUUAUAGUUCAAAUAUUUCAAAGCAACUUCAAAAUGAAAUGAUAGUUGAAAAUAUAGAGGUAUUUGCAAAUAACUUUAAAAAUUUAAGAAUUUCUUAUGGAUUUACCCAAGGAGACGUUGGUAGACAUAUAGGUUUACGAUUUGGUAGUGAAUUUUCACAAACAACAAUUUCAAGAUUCGAAGCAUUAAAUUUAAGUUGUAAAAAUAUGUUAAAACUUAAGCCUAAAUUAGAGGAAUGGCUUGUUAGUACUCAAAAACUUUUCCAACAAGGUUAUACUUCUUAUGAAAUAAAUGAACAUAAUCUUCAUAAUAAAUUUCCAAAGCCAUCUUUAGCUGAACAGGAAGCUAGAGAGAUGUUUGAAAUAAAGAAAGUAAGAAAAUUACAUACCAGUGGAAAAAAUAAAAAAAGACGUAAAAGGACAAAUCUUGAGUUGGAACAAAGAAAUAUUUUAUACAAAAAAUAUCUUGAAAAUAACAGACCUACUGAAGAAACUCUUAGAAAAUUGGCCAAUGAUGCCAAUUUAGAUAUUGAUGUUGUUAAAAUUUGGUUUUGUAAUAGAAGACAAAAAGAUAGAAGGAUUAUGACAAAGAAAAUUAAAGAAUAG